UCAUCCUUAAAGCUGCUGUUUCCCAUAGAGAACAGUAGAUUAGUGAAGGACCGGAGACCUGAACAGCUGCUGGCGAGGAAACGAGAGAGAAAACAGCCCGUGUCGAUCAUCAAACACGUGUCUGCUGGAGCUAUGAAGACGAAGAAGCAACCGAACAUCCUGCUGACAGGGACUCCCGGAGUUGGAAAAACCACUCUAGGAAAGGAACUGGCCCAGCGCACGGGGCUGACCUAUGUCAACAUAGGAGACCUGGCCCAGGAAGGACAACUGUUUGAUGGAUAUGAUGACGAGUACCAGUGCCCCAUUCUGGAUGAGGACAGGGUGGUGGAUGAGCUGGAUGAAAAGAUGAGUGAAGGAGGCGUGAUCGUGGACUAUCACGGCUGUGACCUGUUCCCCGAGCGCUGGUUCGACAUCGUUUUUGUCCUGCGCACAGACAACACCCAGCUGUACACUCGACUGGAGGCCAGGGGCUACACGGGAAAAAAGCUGCAGGACAAUGUGCAAUGUGAGAUCUUCCAGACCAUCUAUGAGGAAGCCAUGGAGGCCUACAGUAAGGAGAUUGUCCACCAACUUCCCAGCAACACUCCUGAGGACAUGGAGCACAACCUGGAGCAGAUAGUGCAUUGGACUGAACAGUGGAUGAAGGACCAUAACUAGGAGGUGACCUCACUGGGUCAACAAGAGUCAACAAUUAAAACCUGAAUUGUAUCAUUUCUGAA